AUGGCGUUUCGAGGCGAACGGUUCGUCGUCGACCUGGACGAUGACACUAUUACCGUCCCCAGUGAUCCCGUCCCAUCCCCCUUCUCUCUGAUCGGCGAGAUUCGUGAACGAGAGCCCACCGCCGCCACACCGCCUGCCCCGGCACCGCCUUCGUCCGCCUCGUCGACCGGGUUCCCCGCGCACCGCCGUCGCAAUAAGACCCCCUCCUUUAAAGAGCGACGAGCUGAGCAGAAAGCAGCAGCGAGUGUGCCUCCUGCUUCGUUGAACAAUCCACCCACGAUUCAAGAUGACAAGCGCGCGAUCGGGGAGGAGAACAGACGCCAUCUGGCGUCCAUGUCAGAGGCACAGAUACAGCGGGAGCGGGAAGAGCUGAUGGAAUCGAUGGACCCGGGACUAUUGGAACGAUUCUUGCGACGAGCUCGCAUUGACGAAGAUGAUAAAACCCACUCUGAGACACCCAAAGCUGCACUCACACCGGCACCGGCGUCGACAGAGGAAGAGCCAGCGGAAUCCAAGCCCCAGAAAUCAGUCUCCUUCGACAUUCCUCCCCCAACAUCAACCACAGCACGAGCACAGCCCUCACAAAAACCUUCUUCCAAACCAUCAAAAUCACCAGCCAACGACGAUCGCGCCCCAACCCACCCACCAAAAGACCUCCUCCCCGCCUCCGAAAACCCCCCCAUCAUGGACCCCGCCGUCAUCGAAACCUUCCACUUCCCCCGCCCGAAACAACCCAUGCCAGUCCUAGACCCCUCAUCGCCCGAUUUCCUCACAGACCUCCAGUCCCACUACUUCCCCGAAAUGACCACUGACCCCGCAGCCCUCUCCUGGCUGCGCCCCCCAUCCAGCGACCCCGAAGACCCGGAUUCAAUCUCCCCAUAUCACCCCGCCAGCAGCGCGGUCUCGAUGUCCCCCUCUGAGAUCCGAUUCUCGCUCCGCGGGACGAUUCUCGGACCUUCGACUUCGUUGACGUUGCCUACGACGCUGGGCUUGCAUCAUCAUGGUAAUGAUCCGCAGGCAGCGGGGUAUACGAUCCCGGAGCUGGCGAUCUUGUCGCGGUCUACGUUCGCGGCGCAGCGGUGCAUUGCGUGGCAGGUUUUGGGUCGGAUUUUGUUCCGGCUGGGCAAGGGGGAAUUCGGGGAGCGUGGGGGUCAAUUAUCCGAGGGAUUGUGGUUUGUGAUUGAGAAGGAGGGGGUUGUGGGUGGGAUGUUGGCGGAAGCAGAGGGUGUUUCUGGACAGGAUCGAGUUCGUGGAAAGGGGGACAAUGGAAAGAAGGAGGAGGGUGAAGAGGAGAAGAAAGAGGGUGACAAGGAUCGUCCGGCACUGCCUGUUGCAUCUGGAAUUGGACGGCAUGCGAGUGCAGCUGCUUGGGCGAUGGAAAGUGUAUGGUUAUGGCAGAAGGGUGGAGGAGGAGAUCGAGGACUCCUUAAGCAGGGUCAGACUCGACCCCGGUAG